GAGUUUCUUCUUUAACAGCGUAAAACAAAUGAACUCACGGGACAGGUGAUGCGAUCGUCUCAUUUUCCCGCUCAAAUUACAGAUCUGUGUAUUAAUCUUUCUGUAUCAUUCAGUUUUGUCUGUCACAGUUUCAAAACGCUAUAUAAAGGAAAUUACUCGAGCGAAUUUGUCAUUUGGAUGUUCCAAGAAAUACUAUUUCAAACUCUAACAAGGGAUGGCGAAAGCGGAAUUUGAUUUUGUUUCUUAUUAGAAAUUGAAGAGAAAAUUAGAAAGUGAUUAAACGUAUCAAACGUUUUUAGUAACUUUUGCAAAAACUCCAUAACCAGUUUAAUAUAAGUGGUAUAAGUAACAAGAGAAGUUCAUUAUGUGUUUAUUAGAAGAUACCUGAAACUUGAGAAAACUAUCUCACUUUUUUAGAAAUUCAUGAAUGAGCUUUACUCGAAAAUAAAUUGUACACAGAAUCUGGGUGGAAAUUCUUUGUUCUUUCAUGUCUUCGUAGUUUGUAAUUUGUUUUUGAUAUGUAGGUGGUGUCUUGAUCAAAGGAAACAAGUUUGGUAUAAUGUUUGGACUUGUCUUAAAAAUGCAAAAUUUGUUAAUUUCUAAAGCAAAGUGCCUUUCAAGAAAGUAAUUUAAUCUCAAUUUCAUUUACUUGAUGUAACUUUAAUGUUUAUAUUCUAGUUGCAAUCUCAUAGAUUGCUCAGUUAAAUAACCUUUCCUGCACUAAACAAAACAAUACCCUACAUAUCACAAAAUACAUAACAUAGUUUAUUUGCACCUAGGUACGUACGUCAUAGAUAGUUUUUCAUUUUGUCUUUUGAUUUUGAUGUAACUAAUGCUAGUAGGUAACUCGUUUAUAGUCUGGAAAUUAUUAUUAGUUUGUAAUAAAAUUCCUACAUAUUUCGCAAGCCAAAUUUUUGUAUUACGGAUAUCGAAUCCAGAUUGAAACAGACCUAAUUGUGAAAAAAUGUGAUUUUAGUUGAGUGAAGCAAUUAAUGUGUUAGUGAAGUUCGUUUAAUUUACUGUGAUAUGAGAGUAGUCCCGAAUUCAAUUUUUUCGUUGUAUAUUGGUGGAUUAAUCAUCACGAAACGGUGAUAACAAAACGAAAAAUGACAUCGAGAAGGAAGAAGCGGCAACAAGACGGUUUUAUGAAAAAAGUUUCGUCCUUAUUCAAUUUGGACACGGCACACUCUCCUCUGUUGGGUUCCGGCGACACCAAACCUGUAAACGGCGACGAUGAAUGGGAGUACGAGGAAAUUAUUUUGGAGAGGGGUGGUGCCGGAUUGGGUUUCAGUAUCGCCGGAGGCACGGACAACCCCCAUAUUGGUGACGACACCGCAAUUUAUAUCACUAAACUCAUACCUGGGGGAGCCGCGUCGGCGGACGGUCGACUCCGGGUAAAUGAUUCAAUUUUAUCGGUCAACGAUGUCCCAGUCGUCGAUGUUCCUCAUGCCAGCGCCGUCGAAGCUCUCAAAAAGGCUGGCAACACAGUCAAAUUAUGCGUGAGACGACGGCGACAGCCUCGCAACAUGAGACUGAUGGAGAUCGAGUUGGUAAAAGGCAACAAAGGUCUCGGCUUUAGCAUUGCCGGUGGCAUUGGCAAUCAGCACAUCCCCGGUGAUAACGGCAUUUAUGUCACUAAAGUGAUGGAGGGUGGUGCUGCUCAAGUGGAUGGUCGUCUCCUUGUUGGCGAUAAACUCGUCGCAGUCAGGGACGCUGUCAAAGGCGAAGUUAACCUGGAGAAUGUCACCCAUGAGGACGCCGUCACAACGCUCAAAACAACGCAGGACAGGGUUGUGCUUGUCGUCGCCAAACCAGACAGUGCCUUUAAUGCUCCCGCAUCAGAUACUUCCUAUUCGCCGCAAUUGUCUACGAAGGCAUCAAACGCGUAUCCUGAGUCGAUUCACUCAUCAAACCUCGCACUGCACCAUCCACCCUCAACACCAAGGGCUGUCAGCCAAGAGGAUGUAUCUCGAGAAGUGCGCACUGUGAUACUACAAAAAGGAGGCUCUGGUUUGGGUUUCAACAUUGUUGGAGGUGAAGACGGAGAAGGAAUCUUCAUAUCAUUCAUUCUGGCCGGAGGUCCGGCCGAUUUGAGUGGUGAAUUGCGUCGAGGCGAUCAAAUACUCAGCGUGAACGGCGUUAAUUUACGAAAUGCCACUCACGAAGAAGCCGCUCAAACUCUCAAAGGAACGAGUUCAACGGUCACAAUGGUGGUGCAGUACAGACCCGAGGAAUACAACCGCUUCGAGGCCAAAAUCCAUGACUUGAAACAACAAAUCACGCAUCCCGUCACGGGGACUCUACUUAGGACAUCACAAAAACGGUCUCUCUACGUCAGAGCUUUGUUCGAUUAUGAUCCAAUGAAAGAUGACGGGUUGCCGAGUCGGGGACUCGCCUUUCAUUACGGGGAUAUUUUACACGUGACGAAUGCUAGUGACGAUGAGUGGUGGCAGGCGCGGAGGGUACUUAACACGGGGGAUGAACAGGGUAUGGGGAUUGUCCCGUCGAAAAGGAGGUGGGAGAGGAAGCAAAGAGCAAGGGAUCGCUCGGUGAAAUUCCAAGGACACAUGCCCAAUAUUAUGGAUAAGCAAUCAACAUUAGAUAGGAAAAAGAAAAAUUUCUCGUUUAGUAGAAAGUUCCCCUUCAUGAAAAGUAAAGAUGACAAGUCGGAAGACGGCUCAGAUCAGGAACACUCUCCUUCUGCCACUCCUAACUCUGCUAAUGAUAAUGAACGAAAUCCCUCAUCGUUCAUGUUAUGCUACACCCAGGAGGACGCCAAUGCUGAAGGUGAAAUAUUAUAUCGGGUUGAGCUACCUUACAUGGAAGAGAUCACGUUAAUUUAUCUGGAGAAUAAUGAUAAUAAUGACGACUAUAGCAAUGAGGAAAAUGUUCUCUCAUACGAACCUGUGCAGCAGAUGGCAAUCAAUUACACGAGGCCGGUUAUUAUUUUGGGUCCUCUCAAGGACCGCAUUAACGACGACCUCAUCUCCGAAUUUCCCGACAAGUUUGGAAGUUGUGUCCCACAUACGACUAGACCCAAACGGGAGUAUGAAGUAGAUGGAAGGGAUUAUCAUUUUGUCAGUUCAAGAGAACAGAUGGAGAAGGAUAUACAAAAUCACCUGUUCAUAGAAGCGGGACAAUACAAUGAUAAUUUGUAUGGAACCUCGGUCGCUUCAGUUCGGGAAGUGGCAGAUAAGGGCAAACACUGUAUUUUAGACGUAAGUGGCAACGCAAUCAAGAGACUACAAGUCGCUCAACUUUUUCCUAUUGCCAUAUUCAUAAAACCCAAAUCAGUCGAAUCAAUUAUGGAAAUGAAUAAGAGAAUGACGGAGGAACAAGCAAAGAAAACAUUCGAAAGAUCUCUCAAAAUGGAGCAGGAGUUUGGGGAAUAUUUCACAGCGGUGGUGCAAGGUGAUACGCCUGAAGACAUCUACGAGCAGGUCAAAGAAGUGAUUAAGGAACAGUCGGGUCCAACAAUUUGGGUGCCAACGAAGGAAAAACUGUGACAAUCGGCCCCUCCAGUGUGGACGCUGCCAUCGCGCUCACGGCUGCACUGAACAGUUGACAAAAAAUAGACACAUUUUGUUGUUAUGUGCGGUGCCUCCUAAUUGCGUGCUUACAAGACCAGCUCAUUCAUUAAUCAUACCUUUAUUAUUGCCCAAAUUGUUGAUAAUGACAAAUACAAGAGUAGUUAUGAAUUUAAAGUAAUCUUAGUGUAUGGUGCGGCGGUGAGAGAAAUACCCGCAAAGCUUGUAUAGAUGUGGAUAACCUCCGAGCCCUUAUUUCAUUAUUAAAAAAUGCACUUGUGUUACUUAAUGACUUAAUCUAUGAUGAAUAAGCAUAAUAGUCAAAUCUUGAAAUCGUUUAUAAUAUAAUUAGCCAAUUGUUAUAUGACUUUUAGGUAGUUUUAUCAAUGUUUUUUGUAGUGUACGAUGUAUAUUUAAUAUAAAGGUUUCCCUGCCAAUAAGUUAAAUUGUAUAUACACAAACAAAAUGAUAUAUGUGUAGUAUAUAACAGAAAUCUGUUAUUGUUAUUUGAGACAAGUUGUGACCUAACUUAUUUGAGUUAAUAAAAGAAAUUUUACUAAA